AAAAUUUAUUCCUUUUUUAUAGCAAUUUAUAAGUUGUGAUAAGCUGUUUACACUAGACUAUGUUAAUAAAUGUUUCAGAAAUUUAAAUUUGAAAUACAUGGAUGAUAAUAAACCUACACCAUUAGAUUCAUCAUGUCUAUCAGAUGGUUCUUUAAAGCAAAAUGCUUCUCAAAUGUGGACAUUGGGUCGUUUUUUGCCGCUAGUGGUUGGCCAUCUUAUACCAGAAAAUAAUGAAAAUUGGAUUAAUUACUUGCGUCUUUUGGAAAUUAUGAGUAUAAUUUUUGGACCAGUUGCUGAAAAGAAUGAUUGUGUCUAUUUGGAGUCUUUAAUUUCUGACCAUCACAUUUCACUCAAAAUGUUGUAUCCUAAUUUGCACAUAACUCCAAAGCUCCAUUACAUGAUACACAUUCCUAGACUUAUGUUACAGUAUGGACCAUUAGUGCACCACUGGACUAUGAGAUAUGAAGCAAAGCACAGAUAUUUCAAGCAAAUGGCAUCCAUUAUGGGAAAUUUUACGAACAUAUGUUAUUCAUUGUCCCUUCGUCAUCAACUUUACCAAUGUUAUUUGAAUUUAGCAACUGAUGACUUACCCGAGGAAAAGUUGGAAGUUGGUCAAAGUAUAAAUGUGAUUGUACCACAAAGGCAUUUUUAUUAUGAAACUGAAUGGAUUUUAUCGACUGAAACUCAUGCAAAGUAUAUGUGACCAUAAUUGACAAAA